AUGGACGACAUCCUGGCCGGUGCGGAGACCAUGGAGGAAGCCGAAGUAAUGCUGCAACAGCUGAUUGAUAUCUGCAAGGCGGGCGGCUUCUCACUUAAAAAGUGGUCGGCAAACCACUCGCUACUGCUGAACGAAGUGGAGCCCGACGACCGUCUUCAACGAGAGGCCAGAUGGUGGCUGCCCGGCGAGAGUCACUCCACUCUCGGUUUACGCUGGCAACCACGUGACAAUCGCUUCGCUUUCGCAACCAAACUGACCACGCUAUCAACCUUCACCAAAAGGUCGGUACUAUCUUUGACGGCGAAAUUGUUUGAUCCACUCGGCUGGUUGUCUCCAACUACCGUGCUGGCCAAGAUCAACAUUCAAACAUUCUGGCUGCUGGGCCUUGACUGGAACGCGUCUCUACCAAGCGAGGAAGCGAGGAAAUGGCUGCGGUUCCAGGACGAGCUAGCUGCAGUGGAAAACCUGGGCGUGCCUCGAUGGUUAGGCAGCGUGGCAGACUUCCAUAAGGAAAUUCACGGGUUUGCCGAUGCCUCCGAACGUGCCUACUCCGCCGUCCUCUACCUGCAAACCAAAACAAAUGGAAGUAGCAGAGUGACGCUGUUGGCUGCGAAGACCAAGGUGGCUCCAUUGAAGCAGGUAUCCUUACCUCGUUUAGAAUUAUCGGCCGCCAAUCUUCUCGCUCGACUGGUCGCCCACGUUGUCCCUCUUAUUGGCGCAGAGAAGGCACCUCUACACCUGUGGUCGGAUUCCACUGUGACUCUCGGUUGGAUUCGGGGUCACCCCUCGUCGUGGGUCACUUACGUGGCUAACCGAGUAAGCGAGAUCCAGACGCUGAUCCCGGACGCCCACUGGCAUCACGUACCAGGUCGAAAGAACCCAGCGGACUGUGCUUCCCGGGGACUCUAUCCGAGCGAACUGGUUGACCACCCGCUCUGGUGGCAAGGUCCCGCAUGGCUGACAGAGGCGAGCGGUCCUUGGACGACAAACAGCAAGGAAAUGUCAGCGGAGGACCUCCUAGAGAGACGAGUCCGGACCCACGUCGCCACCGUUACCGAGCUGACGUUCGAGUCGGAAUUGCUGCUGCGCUACUCCUUGCUGAAGCGAUUGCUGCGGAUUACGGCUUGGUGCCGUCGCUGGUUGCUGAUUCACCGUCAGCUCCGCCACGCGCAAAGCCAGCCUGGCGUGAUCAGCUCCGACGAACUGACGGAAGCCCGCCUCUCCUGGGUAAGGUUGAUCCAGGCUAGAAUAUUUACAAAAGAAAUCAGAAGGCUGCAAAAUGGAACGCCUCUGCCGUCGCGAAGCUUCCUGCAGAAACUGACUCCAUUCUUGGACAGCGAGGGACUUCUACGAGUCGGCGGGCGCCUCAGAAACGCUAACCUGCAGUACAAUGCCACUCAUCCGCCAAUACUGCCCAGCGAGUCGACAUUCACCCUCCUCGUCGUAGAUGACCACCACCAGCGAACUUUACACGGCGGUACUCAGAUGACCGUGUGCUCCCUGCGCCGGGAGUAUUGGGUCCCUCGAGAUGGCGAACCGCCAUCCCACAGCCUCUCAUGGGCGAUCUCCAAUCCAAGGGUCACACCAAGCAGGCCGUUUCUCCACACCGGCGUCGACUACGCCGGUCCGGUUUGGCUGAGAACCUCGAAGAGCCGCGGACACAAAGCAACUAAAGGGUUCAUUGUAAUUUUUGUGUGUUUAGCCUCUCGAGCCGUUCACCUCGACGUAGCCUCGGACUACUCCGCCGACGCCUUCAUCGCAGCCUUGCGCCGGUUCAUCUCAAGGCGAGGGGUCUGCAUCACCUUAUACAGUGACUGCGGUACCAACUGCGUGGGUGCUGAUAGGCAGCUAAGCGCUCUCUUCUCCGCCGCCAGUGCCGACGGACGCCGCAUCGCCUCAUUCGCCGCACAGGAAAAGAUCCAGUGGCAUUUCAAUCCACCGGCGGCACCGAACUUCGGCGGCUUGUGGGAAGCCGCGGUUAAAUCGAUGAAGCACCAUCUGCAACGAGUCAUAGGUGAUGCGACCCUCACCUAUGAGAAGCUGGCGACGCUACUUUCGCAGAUAGAGGCUUGCCUCAAUUCUCGACCGCUGCAGCCCUUGUCCGACGACCCUGAGGACGUAGCAGCUCUCACCGGGGCACUUCUUGAUCGGUUCCGCUCUCUCCACAGUACCGGAACCGUCACUCGAACGAGAGCCGUCGGCCCGACUAUCACGCUGGCAGCUCCUGCAACAGAUGAGGGACCAUUUCUGGUCCCGGUGGUCCAGCGAAUACUUACACACGCUGGCCCAUCGUCCAAAAUGGUCCCGAGUUAA